AUGGCAGGCAAGUCGCGCUGGGCCGACACAGAAGAGGAUGCCGCUCUCGAGGCCAAGCUCAAGCGUGAAAAGGAGGAGAAGAAGCGCUUGAAGGCAGAAAAGGCCCGCAAGACAGCCGAGGAAGAACGACGACGCGCUGAAGAAGAAGAGGCGGCAGCUAAAGCGGCAGCAUUGCAACAAACCCAGCAAAUACAAGACGAAGAGGAUGACCGGCCAACAAAGCGACGGAAACUCACGCCCGAGCGUGUCCGCCAGGAUGAUACGGCGGCAACAGGAUCUACGACAGCUACAAGUGGCAAGGGGGACGAACAGACGGCAAAACUACAACGCUUUGAAUACGGCACCUUUGCGCCCACGACGAGCGUCGAGAACUACGACAAGCUAAAUGAUAUUGAAGAAGGUGCCUAUGGCUGGGUUGCCCGAGCAAAGGACUUGCGAACGAGUCGCGUCGUUGCGCUCAAGCGACUAAAGCUCGACGACUCGCCCCAAAACCGUGUCGGUCUACCAGAGACGGGACUGCGUGAGAUACAAAUCUUGAAGGACUGCUCGCACCGCAAUGUCGUCGAUCUACACGAGGUGGUGGUCAAUGAUGGCGCCGCCGAUGGCCAACCGGCAAAGAUUGAGUCGAUAUUUCUCGUUCUCGAGUUUGUCGAGCACGACCUCAAGAGUAUACUGGAAGAUAUGCCCGAGCCGUUCCUGGCAUCCGAGGUCAAGACUCUUAUGCGGCAGCUCGCCGAGGGUGUCGGAUAUCUUCACGACAACUGGAUAUUACAUCGGGAUCUCAAAACAUCAAAUUUACUGCUCAAUAACCGCGGGCAGCUCAAGAUAGCAGACUUCGGCAUGGCCCGGUAUGUGGGCGAUCCUCCGCCGCCCAAGCUCACACAGCUUGUCGUGACGUUGUGGUACCGCGCGCCGGAGCUACUACUCGGGGCCAAAACAUACGACAGCAAAAUCGACAUGUGGAGCAUAGGCUGCAUCUUUGGUGAGGUGCUCACGCGCGAACCCCUGCUGCAGGGUCGUAACGAGGUCGACGAGCUCACCAAAAUCUUUGAGCUAUGCGGCAUCCCGACCGACGAGUCGUGGCCCGGCUUCCGCCGCCUCCCCAACGCCAGGAGCCUGCGCCUGCCCAAGAGCUCCGCCACCACGGGCUCCGUCAUCCGGGCCAAAUUCCCGCUGCUCACGGCGGCGGGCAGUGGGCUUCUGAACAGUCUGCUGAGCCUCGACCCGGCCAAGCGGCCGAGCGCCCAGACGAUGCUAAAGCACGAGUAUUUCAGCCAGGACCCCAAGCCAAAGCACGAAGACAUGUUUCCUACGUUCCCAUCCAAGGCCGGCCAGGAGAGGAGAAAGAGGCGCGAAACACCCAAUGCCCCUGGGCGCGGUCAAAAGGCAGCUGAUAUGGGAACUGUGGACUUUAGUGGCAUAUUUGCGGGAAGGGAAAAAGAGGAGAGAGGUGGUGGAUUCACCCUCAGGCUCGUGUAG